UAAUCCACAAAAUAAUUUCAAAACUUUUGAUUUUGUUUUUGAGCUUAGGUCUAUUCCACCAGCUUUGACAGUGUUUUUGGCAGACAUGUAUCUGAACCUAUAGUGCAGCACAGAGCUGCAGUAUUGUGUUCUGUGCACACUGCGCAGACGUUGCGCUUUGUCAUCACUUCUGUCCUCUAUUCCUGGAUGCGGGCUGGCGCUGUCAAGGUGUUAUGUUUAAGAGGCUCUUCAGCUUAUGGGGAUAUGGGUCAGCAGAGGUGGAAUCACUUUCCAUGUUCAUAUAUUCAUAAAGAAUUGGUAUUUAUUAAAUAUUGUAAUAUCAGUGUGUUGUCUUUAGGUAUUGAUCAGGUGGGGAUUGAAGAAGUUUGAUUUAGAUCGUAGAUGUGGGCAGACAGAAGAAGUGGCUCUUACUGAGACGCAGCUGACCUGAUGUUUUCUGAACUAUUCACCUCAUUCUUUUGUUUCUCCAUUCUCUUAUUAUCAUUUCGUUUACUCUCUCAUUUUUCCUUCGCUGUGUAAUCCCACUUAAACAAAACCUGAUAAAGCUACCAAGCCAACAUCUUGUCACUAAGUCCCUGUUUCGUUGCUAUGAUGACAAACAGCUCAUUUCACAAGGAAUAAAGAGAUCCUAAAGGACUGACGCCUGUGAAGUGCAGCAAGGCUCAUGAGACCCACAGGGACGUCCCUUUGUUAUCGUUAAUUACUCCUUCUCCAUCAGGAAUCAAAUUCAUUUAAUGUGCGAGACCUGCUGUGUCUACUGUGGGCACGUUAGGCCAAUUAAAUCACAAUACACUAGAGCCGAAGUUCGUCUCCAUGACAAGAAAAGUAAUUCAACUAAGCGUAUCAGGGGAAAAAAAAGUUAGGGAAGUUAAUAUUCACGUUUAUGAACACUUGGGAGAGUAUUUUUAUACAAUUAUUUUUGAAUACAACAAAUUUUAUUGUGAUUGCACUGCAAUUUCAGACUUGAUUAAGACUAUAUCAGCAGGGCACAAGACCUCCAAGAGAACAGAGCUUUUAGAGUGGACUACUGUCAAUCCUCUUAUAUUGUGCUUCAGUGAGAAUGGAUUAGUGAGUAACACCUACGGUUGUGCCCCGGGGUCACUUUGGGAGGAUUUGAUUGCUGACAACACAACACAAAACUAUUUUAUGUUUCAUCCAAAUGACAGAUUUAGAUUUGAUCUGUAGUUUUAGAUAUUUAUUUUUCAUGUAAUUUUUGUUACUAUUUAGAUUUUUUUCUUUUCACAUACAAGGAACAAAAAAGAGAAAAAAACAGCAAAAUGGAUUUUAUUCGUUUUUGAUAAAUACUGACUGUGAUCACCUCUGUUUGUGGAUACACACAGAAGCCUUGGAGACCGUGGAACGUAAGUAGAUCUCCUGGGUGCUGAAGUUGUCUCCGAACGCCUCAGACGUUCAUCCUGAGCUGCUACCUGUCACUUAUAGCCCGUAAUCCAAACACAAUGAACGGGCUGCGUCUUCACCGGAGUGACACUGAGGUAGAUAGGUGGAGUUUGGAGGUGUUGGGUAGUUAGUUGGAGACAGACAAACUCUUUCAAAACUGUAAUAGUCUCAUCUGGAUUCUGGAUGUGUCCUGAUGGCAUCGAACAAACGGUAGGUGUUUUAUUUGUGAUUCAGGAUGUAGGAGAGAAAUGAGAGAUCUCGGAGACGAUACUUUUGUCCAUUCUGCAGGUAUUAGUGAAGUGACUGAAAGCCAGCACCCAGUGAAUAUAAAUAUUCACUAUCUUGGACACGCUGGAAGGACCAUGCAACAUAUUCCUCCAAAUGGUUGGGAGUCCAACCAUCCAUGUGUGCCCAUAAUAAAAAGCAGACAAUCUUUAUGGACACUUCCUUUUUAUAACUUUCUUUUAUGGGUUCUCCUGGGAGUUCUCACAUUCCCUUGCUGUGUUCACUGUUUGAUAUUCAAAGUGGGGGUGUUGGGGCCUUGGAACUGCGACCCCAUUUACUACAAGGCCCUUCCUACUGUGGCAGCCAGACUCGCUGUGAGCAGAAUAAAUGAGGACAUUAAUCUGGAUCUAGGUCUGACAAUGGACUUCAUCAUCCUUCAGGAGUCUUGUGAAACCUCCAAAGCACUCACUGCUUACAUUUAUUACGAUAAAUCCGCAGAUGCAUUCAUUGGCUCCACCAACCCGGGAUACUGCAUCACAGCUUCUCUGCUGGCAAAGAAUUGGGGCAAGGCACUCUUCUCCUACAGCUGUGUUUCUUGUGAACUGGAUCGAAACAUUGGGUAUCCAACAUAUGCAAGGACAGUGCCAUUUCCAGUUGAUGUGCUUUUUACCGUGUUCAAGCACUACCGAUGGGCCAGCUCUGUCGUGAUCUCUUCAAAUGAAGACCAGUGGAUCGACACUGCAUGGGGAGUCGCUUCUGCUCUGAGAAGGAAGGGGCUUCUCGUUGGCCUGGUUACAGCUAUGGGUCUGAAUGAAACUGAGGUGGAAAGCACUCUGAUGAAGAUCCAAAAUGCAGGAACUGUAAGGGUCAUUAUAAUGUGCAUGCACUCCAUCCUGAUUGGAGGUGAGCAGCAGGCCACUUUUCUAAUCAAAGCUCACAUGAUGGGAAUGACGUCAGGGAAGUAUGUGUUUGUGCCCUACGACACCCUGCACUACAGUUUGCCCUACACCAACAUCACCUACAGUCCUUUCCAGAACAACAACGUUCUGAGGGAGGCCUAUGACGCUGUGCUCACCAUCACUAUGGCCUCUGAGCAGCAGUCCUUCAUUGAGGCGUUUACAGCUGCCAAGAGGAACGGAGAGAUAAUCCUGCCAGUACAGGCAGAGCAGGUUAAUCCACUGUUUGGGACAAUCUACAACUCCAUAUACCUGAUGGCCAAGUCUAUCCACAACACAAGGAAAGCAGGCAUGCUUCUGUCGGGCUCUAAUCUGGCCUACUUCACAAAGAAUACCACCUUGAACGGCUUCAACCAGAUUGUCCAGGUGGACACAAAUGGAGACAUUAAGAUGAACUAUGUCAUUCUGGACUCUGACAGCAAGCAAAGUCAGCUCUACCAGUCUUAUAUAGUGGACCUGAAUUUGGGAGUACUUCGUUUUGCAGGAAGGUCGAUUCAUUUUCCAGGAGGAUCCCCUCCAGCAGCUGAUUCCCGCUGCUGGUUUGACAGUAAUAUGGUCUGCACUGGAGGUGUGGAGGUGAGCUACAUCAUAAUAGUGCUGGCUGUUGCUCUAAGUCUGGGUGUUGGAGGGCUCUUCAUAAGUCUUUGCAUAAGGAGGAGACUUCAACAAAUCCAGCUGAUCAAAGGUCCCAAUCGGAUCCUUCUGACUCUAGAGGAUCUUACUUUUAUCAAUCCUCAGCUUAGUAAAAAGAAAAUAACACUGGAGGAUCUGAGUGAGUCCAGAAGCAUAGUGGAUGACAAAUCUGCAGACCCCUCUCACUCAGUCAACAGCAUGCAAAUAGCAACUCAUGAAAACUCCAGUGUUGCUGUGUAUGAGGGAGACUGGGUUUGGCUGAAGAAAUUUGAUGAGGGUCAAUUCAAGGAGGUGAAACAAAGCACCACCAGGAUUUUUACAAAGAUGAAGGACCUGAGAAAUGAGAAUGUAAAUCCAUUCCUGGGUUUCUUUUUGGACUGCUCAGUGUUUGCUGUAGUGACGGAGCACUGCUCACGAGGCAGUCUGCAGGAUCUGCUCAGGAACGAGGAUGUUAAAUUAGACUGGAUGUUCAAGUCCUCUCUUCUGCUUGAUCUUAUUAAGGGAAUGAAAUACCUCCACCACAGGGAGUUCCCCCACGGGCGCCUCAAAUCCAGAAACUGUGUGGUGGAUGGGCGCUUUGUUCUCAAGAUUACAGACUAUGGCUUCAACGAACUCCUGGAGACUCAGAAAUCUCCCUUUGAAGAGCCUCCACCUGAAGAACUUUUCUGGACUGCUCCUGAGUUCCUGAGGGACCUCACCAAUUACCAUAAAGGAACAUAUAAAGGAGACGUAUACAGUUUUGCAAUUAUCCUUCAAGAGGUGGUGGUGAGAGGUCUACCUUACUGCAUGCUGGAUUUACCACCUGAAGAAAUCAUUCGUAAGGUGAGAAAGCCUCCCCCAAUGUGCCGUCCUACCGUUGCCCCAGAUCAGGCUCCACUUGAAUGUAUCCAGUUAAUGAAGCAGUGCUGGAGCGAGCUGCCUGAUCGCAGACCAGCCUUUGGGGAGAUCUUUGAUAGGUUCAAGAUCAUCAACAAGGGUAAGAAAACCAAUAUUAUUGACUCCAUGCUGAGGAUGCUGGAACAAUACAGCUCAAACCUGGAGGAUCUGAUCAGAGAAAGAACGGAGGAGUUGGAGGUGGAAAAACAGAGAACGGAGAAGCUGCUUUCUGAGAUGCUUCCUCCCUCAGUCGCUGAGGCCCUAAAGACGGGCGCCACAGUGGAACCAGAGUAUUUUGAUCAGGUGACAAUAUACUUCAGUGACAUUGUUGGAUUCACCACCAUAUCCUCGCUCAGUGAUCCCAUUGAAGUGGUUGACCUUCUCAAUGACCUCUACACUCUGUUCGAUGCUGUGCUGAGUAACCAUGAUGUCUACAAGGUGGAGACCAUUGGUGAUGCUUACAUGGUGGCAUCUGGCCUUCCUAAGAGAAAUGGCAACAAACACGCCGCAGAGAUUGCCAACAUGUCACUGAACAUCCUCAGCUCUGUGGGCACCUUUCACAUGAGACACAUGCCAGACGUGCCCGUGAGGAUACGAAUAGGAAUUCACUCAGGGCCAUGUGUUGCCGGGGUUGUGGGUCUCACCAUGCCACGGUAUUGCCUUUUUGGAGACACCGUUAACACUGCCUCUCGCAUGGAAUCCACUGGACUGCCUUAUAGAAUUCACGUGAACUGUAGCACUGUGAAGAUCCUCCGUUCUCUUAAUGAAGGUUAUAAAAUAGACAUCAGAGGAAAGACAGAGUUGAAGGGUAAAGGUAUUGAAGAAACAUAUUGGCUUGUGGGCAAAACCGACUUCACCAAACCUUUGCCGAAACCACCAGAAAUAAGAGCAGGGGACAACUGGCAGGAGAUGAUGACAGAGGAGAUCAAGACUCUCUUCCGCAAGGCCAACAGGCAGGUGGACAAGAAGGUCUGAAUGGAAGAAGGAGAAAAUCUAUGAAAGCACAAAGUACAGAGAAGCAUCAGAAGGAGGAAAACACUGAGAGUUCUGAGAGCACCACCCAGCCUCUCAGUGUAGCUUAAUGAAGACUUAUUUAAGAGGAUUGUUCAUGGACCGGUUAAUCUUCCUGCUACCAGCACAGCAGAACAACAUGGUGCUAAUGUAAUGAGAGUGGUCACAUGACCUGCCUGCCUGCCUGCUGCCAGAGUCGCAGGGAAGACAAACCCGCUCCUCAGUGAAGGAUGGACUCGUUCAGUCCUCUCUAAACGCACCGGCCACUGCGUGGUCAAAUACUUCAGGACGACCAGAGGUUUCCCCGUCCAUAUGCCUGAAUGUCCCUAACGUCUGUUCCAUAGUGAGAUGUCAUUCUUCAGGUCUGUUUAGUUCACUCCUGUUAGAGCUGGGGUGUAGCUUUUAAUUAGACAUCUGACGGGGAAAAAGCUCAGAAUUUUAUUUUAGAGUAAACGUUUCAUAUGUGGGCCCACUCUAAAAGGGUGGCUGUCUAAGGAAGCACACACACGCUCAGUCUGUUAACAGAAGUUAGUUUCACACUGAAACAUUUCAAUGUUUUUUCUGUUUUUCACAUCUUUUUGUGAGCCUGGAUGUCAGCACUUUAAGAUUAUAGUAAAAUAAAGUUAGUGUUUAGAUAGAGUCUUUGGCUUUAUGUCACAUUUGUGUCUGACACAGUCGCCAUCUUUACUCUUAACAAUUCUGUUAGUCAAUUCCAUUGAAAUUACGUAAAACACUGACGACUCCUCGGAAAGCAUGAAAAAUGUGUAAUAAGAUGCUUUUUUAAAAGAAAAGCUUUAUUCAGAACGGUAGGUUGCGUUUAUUCUGGCCACACUAUUAUGUGAUUAAUAUUACUUUAUUACAACUAAUAAGAAACUGUGUUAAAUUACACAUUUGCUUUAUUAAUCACAAUUCUCACAUAUUAAUCAUAACUUCAUUUUAAAAUGGUUUAAAAAAUAAGGAUUCACUUUGGAUGCAAAAUGAUCAUAAACCAUCAUAAAACUACAGACAGAUGUGAUGUUUCUUUACACAAGGUUAUAUGUUUUACAAUGAAUCACAGCAGAUCGCUUCUGUAUGCAUUGUUAACAUAUUUUUGUCCUUAAAACGUUCAAAAUUGAAUGCUUAAGAAUGAGUCAGACUUUAUUCCACUUUGAAUAAAAAGGAAGAUUAAAUCCAAGCUUGAGGAUAACUGUAGGUCCAGCUACUUUUGUGUUUAGUAUAAAUAAAUUAACAGAAUCAGAAAAAGCUAUGAGAAACAUGAAAUGUGGCUUUAUUUUUAUGUUUUAUGUCUCCUCUGUUAUUAACGCCAUGCAAAUAUGUUUUAUGUUUAUGUAUGUACUGCCAUAUAAACGAAGCAUUUAUUUGUGUCACUAUAACCACUAGAGAGUGCUGUUGUUGUGUGUAUGAAAAUGCUGAGGGCUUCAUUUCCGCCGUUCUUUGUUACAGUUUGACCCAGUUAUCAGUCAGUGUGUGUGCAUGUGUGUGUGUGUGUGUGUGUGUGUGUGUGUGUGUGUGUGUGUGUGUGUGUGUGUGUGUGUGUGUGUGCGUGUGUGUGCGUGUGCGUGUGUUUGCGUGUGUGUGCGUGUGUGUGCGUGUGAGUGAUGAAUUCAGGACAAAUUGAAGAAAACCCGUUUGGAAUAUAUUUGAUGACUAUACCCAAUCACCAUGUGAACCCUGCACUCCAGCU